UUAUUUCAUUCCAGUUGCUGCUUCACAUAUCUACCAUUCAUCAACUAGAGUUUUCAAGAGAAAAUUUCUUAGUCCAAAUAGGCAAGCCGAGGAAUCAGUUUUUUCAACUCAGCAAAAAUGCGGAAAACUCCUGCGAAAAUUCCUAAAGUGGUCACUACCAAGAAAGUUCCUACUGAAAUUCUCUCUUUUUCACUAGAUUCAAGUGACAAUUCUCCUAAAAAUGUUGAAUAUGUAGUUGGGAAGACAUGGUUAAAAGAACUUAAAAAAGAGUUUAGUGCAGACUAUUUCAAAAAGUUGAGUGAGUUUUUGAUCAAGCAGAAAUUGCAGCAUACAGUUUAUCCUCCUACUUGUGAUAUCUUUUCAUGGACAACUUCAGUAACAAUAUAUGAUGUGAAAGUUGUUAUAUUAGGCCAAGAUCCUUAUAUCAGACCUGAACAAGCACAUGGACUAGCUUUUAGUGUUCGCAGAGGUGUUGAAAUUCCAAAGAGCUUAGCAAAUAUGUACACUGAACUAGCUAAAAAUAUCAAGAAUUUUGUUCCUCCUAAUCAUGGUUGUUUAAAUGGCUGGGCCAAUCAAGGUGUUUUGCUCUUGAAUACCUGCUUGACUGUUCAAGCUGGAAUAUCAGAUUCUCACAAAGGACAGGGUUGGGAAUUAUUUACGGAUGCUGUCAUCAAGUGGAUCAAUGAAAAUCUCAAGCAUGUUGUAUUUAUGCUAUGGGGAAAUAAUGCUAAAAAAAAGAGUGAACUGAUAAAUAAGAAAAAGCAUUUAGUAUUGACUGCUGCACAUCCAUCACCUCUGUCUGCACACCGUGGAUUUUUUGGCUGCAAUCACUUUUUUAAAGCUAACGAAUAUUUACAAGAGCAUGGCAGAGGAGAAAUUGAUUGGACAUAUUUGCCAUAAAAGGUUGGACUUAUUCAUUAUCAUUACUGCCUACCUAAAAAGGUUUCUAUAUAUCAUUUUGCAACUCUGUUCUCUUUUUUGUUUUCUUUAAAUGUUUGUCAUCAAAAAAAGAUUUUCAACAAUUUUUUCAUUUGUAAAGGUUUUUGUGAUCACAUAUAGUUGAUUUUUUUAGUCAAUAAAUUCUAUAUUUUUCCUGA